GGCGGCCGCUGUGUCUUCGGGCUCAUGAGCAAGCUGAACCACGCCUGCUUUCCCAACUGCGCUUGCCUCUGGCCAGGCCUGCCUCCUGGCGAAGUCGCCUUGGAUCCGAUGAGAGAGCUGGUCGCGCCGGGCGCGAAGCCGUUGCGCUGCGCUCGACUGCGAGCACUCUGCAGGAUCCAGCCAGGUGAGGAGUUGACUUUCUGCUACUUUGGUGGGGACUUCGCGGUGCAGGUCCGAAGCACGGAGGAGCGACGCCGUCGCCUUCGAGAGGGCUUCGAGUUCGAAUGCCGAUGUGAUCUUUGCGAACCCGGCGACCAGCCGCCCAAGAGCUACGGCCAGCUCUGUAGCCGGAUGACAUUGGAGGCCAUGGUAGCGGAAGUUCGGUUUGUCGACAGCGAGGGCGACAAGAGCCCGGCCGCCUGCGUCUGCAAGGGGCGAAAGGCAUAUGCCAGACUUCGUGAAGAAGCGCUGCGACAGAAGUUGGCGGAGCUGUCGACACCGAGCCAAGCAGAGGCGAUCUCUGCUGCUGAGCCAGCGCACAAGAUACUGUGGCCACAGUUUGAAACUGUGAACUGGUGCAGUGAGCGCAUUCAUGAUGUCGAUCACAUAGCAGACCACAGGAACUCCUGUAUACCGCUGCUUUCCAGCUGGAUUCUGCCGGCGCUGAUAGGGGUGCUGACAGCCUCGACGGGAACCUUGAUCCAUAAGGCUUCUGAGUUUCUUCACCUCUUCCGGUAUAGCCAUCCCGACAGUCUGGAAGGCCUCGGCGCUCCCUGGAGCGCUUGGUCUGAAGCAGCCGGCAAAGAUGGCCCGUGGGAGGCAAACUUCCGCGGAUUUCUUGCCUACGCCGGGGUCGGCGUUCUGUUUGCCACCGCAUCCGCGAUGCUGGUGAAGGUCUUUGCGCCGACUGCGCGUGGCAGUGGCAUCCCAGAAGUGAAGACCAUCCUCGGGGGAUUCGUCAUGAAAGAUGUGCUGUCCCUGCGAACUCUCAUUGUCAAGGUUCUUGGUCUGAUGCUCUCAGUCUCCUCGGGCAUGGCAUUGGGCAAAGAGGGGCCGACCGUGCACAUUGCGUGCUGCUGGGCAAAUGUCUGUAGCCAAUGGUUCGACAGAUACUCCGCAAACGAGGGUCGACGCCGCGAGCUGCUGAGUGUGGCCAGCGCAGCAGGUGUCUCUGUGGCUUUCGGGGCCCCGGUGGGCGGCGUCCUCUUCUCCUACGAGGAGGCAAAAAGCAGGGAGUUGAAGCUUCCGCGGAUUCUGGGUCUCAACCAUGUUUCCCAGAUCGACGAUGAUCCGGGCAUUCUUCGCAGCUUGGGCAUCCGUCCUUGGAAGUGCUGGCUUCGGUCCUUUCAGCAGGUGUGGGUGGAAGGGGCGCAGUUGUGGAAUGUUGUAGAUAUUGGCCAUUUGAAGACUUGCGACCCGCGUUAG